AUGGCUGAUGCUAAAGUUUCGAGACAAGUUGAGUCGCAAGUCGAAGAGUUUGCACAGAGUGUUUCUUUGAUGUUCCGAUCAAAGCUGAAGGAGAUGAGAUACAGGGUGAAGGUGAAUAGGUGCGGUUUCAUGCCGAUGAACGUGCCGGGCUACAUGCAUGAAGAGAAUCAGAGCAUUCCAGCAGACAUGUACAUAAGUGAGACUGGUACAGGAACAAGAGCCCUUGCUCUCACUUUGACUCGUGCUGCCCUCCAGCUGGUCUCGGUCACUCGGACCUCGUCUCACAGCUCUUCACGCCCUCGUCUCUUGUUCUCUGUCCUUGUCAUGUUCUACCCGCGCGUGAUUGUUAAGACGAAGGCGCAUGUCGUUCAGAACAAGCGAGCAAGCCUGGAGCGUGAGAUGACGAGAUCGCCGAGAGGGUCGGAAGUGCGGGAGGACAGAGCCGAAGAACUGCUCAAGGCGAUCCUCGACUGCGUUCACUCAGACCUGCUGUGUGUGCGGAAAGUCGUUGAGAACCUUCUCAUUGGCUCUCCCGCGCUUUCAUCUCGCGAGAUCUCCAAGGGCGACAGGAUCGUCAAGGUCGAUGGGAUUGAAGUCAGCGAAGACAACGUGCAUGAGGCGCUCAUAGGAUCCGAUCUGCCGGGAUCGUUUGUUCACCUCACUUUACAAACCAAAGACAAUAGGACCAAAGAAGUUCUUCUAUCCAGAAUGUCAACACAGAAGUUGUCAAGGAGGAAACAAAUGUUUGAGUUUCUGACCACUAUGAAGGAGAUCGCUCUCCAGACGGGCCUCGGGCAGGUCGACCAGGUGGAGGAGGCGGUGAGAUUGUGGAACACGAGCAUAGAGGAGGAGGACGAGGCCUUCAGUGAGAUCGUCCGCAACCUCUCCGUCCUCCGCAAGGACGUCAAGGUACUUGUCGACGAGCUCCGGGCUGGACUCCACCAGGGCAGGAGGUCGAGCGGUGGGGAGCUGGACGUGGACCUGGGGAGGAUGGAGAGAGAGCAGCUGGCGAGUGAGCUGAGGAGACUCAAGCAGGAGAAGGUCAAUGCCGACCAGAAGGCAAAGCAGGAAGAGUCUCUGCGGGUUCAGGCAGAGCAGGCGUUGGCUUCCUUGAUGAGUCCGGGGACCCGAGAAGACAUGGGGACUCUCAGAGCAGAUCUCAACAACCUCCAGCUAGCAAACUCCGAGAAGACCAUGUCGCUCAAGAUGGCCGAGGCGGACAUGGAGAUGAUGCGAUCGAAUCACCGGCAGCAGAUGAGCGCGUUGGAGCAGCAGCUGCUGACGCUCGGAAGAGAGAAGGAACGAUUGGAAGAAGAACUCCGUGGGGAGUACGAUAACCUAGAGGAGGAGCUUUCCCGCUCCCGCGCGGAUCUCAACAAGGCGAAGGAGCUGGGAUACAAGCUGGAGACUGAGAAGGAGGAGCUCGAAGGAGAGCUGAGGCGUGCACGGGAUGCGAUGGAUCGAUCUUCUCUUGAGAUUCAGAACCUCGAGAGGGAGAUCGAUAGUCUCAAGAGAGUCACCCAGAAACUUCGGGAGACAAAAGAUGACAUGAUCGUAGCUGAGUCAUCAGUUGAGCAGGAGCGAGACGAAGCGAUCAUGAGAGCUGCUCGAGCAGAAGCAGACGCGAAGAGACUGGCACCGAUGGUUGACUCCCUUGCCUCCAAGAACCGCGAGCUCAAGGAAGAGAUCGCAGAACAGAUUCGCGUGCUCGCCACCAAGGACGCGGAGCUCCAGCAGGCGCGGCAGGACUAUGAAGGCUGCCAUUCUGACCUCGUGUCGCUGGAGAUGGCGAGGAAGAGCACAAUCAGCGAGCUUGAGCAGAAGUCAAAAGAACUCUGGCGGCUGGAGCAAGAAGUUCACCAACUGAUGAAUACGAGAGACGAUCUCAACAACAAAGUUGUCGAGCUGCGAGAAAAGAUCGCGGCUGAUGCAGCAGCGUACAAGAUCGCCUUGUCAGAGAUCGAU